AUUCAUGCAGGCAUGGGUUAUAUGAAGGAAACUGGCCUUGAACGUAUUAUGCGAGAUUUGCGAAUCUUCCGAAUAUUUGAGGGUGCAAACGACACUUUACGUCUCUUUGUUGCCCUGACUGGACUCCAGUACUCAGGAAAGCAUCUUCAGGCCAGCGCGAGCGGCGCUGUAGAUGCUAUUCUCAAUAGGGUCAAGUAA